UCUUUGACUUAUUAAUUUAGAAUUUGCUAUAAAAUUGUAUAGUGAGAAUAAUCAUAACAAAAACAAAUUUCAGAACAACUUCAUUUUCUAAAAUUAUUUUUUAUUUUCCGACAGCCUCACCAACGCAAACAGAAAACCGAAGGUUGUCUAAAUCCGCUCCAUGCCUCUUCCUUUAAAUAGCCAAUGAGAUUUCGUAAUCAAAGCAAUUUCACAAACAGUACCGAAUCUUCCGGCUUCAUUUAUAUCAACAUAAAAUACUUAUUCGAUUUUUUCCCAACAUUUUUCUUCUUAUUUUUUCUCUCUCUCAAAUCCGAAUAUGUUUCGGUUGGUAUCUCCGAAAAUGUGGGUAAUUCUGGCCACCGUAGUCGGCGCCAUGGCCGUGGCGGCACGUGCACAAAAGGUGCCGUGUUACUUCGUGUUCGGAGAUUCCGUCUUCGACAACGGCAACAACAAUCACUUCGCAAAGUCAAAAGCAAAAGUCAACUAUUGGCCGUACGGGAUUGACUUUGCAAGAGGUCCGACAGGCCGGUUUAGCAACGGUCGGAAUAUUCCAGAUUUCAUCGCUGAAUUCCUCGGUUUCAAGAAUUUUAUCCCACCUUUUGCCGGUUCACCUCCGGCUCAAGUUCAAAUCGGAUUCAACUAUGCGUCCGGUGGAGCUGGAAUUCGCGACGAAACCAGCCAACAUCUGGGCGGUAGAAUUAGUUUGAGUCAGCAAGUAUCGAACCAUCGGGGAGCGAUAGCGAAGGGAGGAGCAUUAGCCCGACCGGAGAGGCUGAACAAAUGUCUGUACACAAUCAACAUCGGAAGCAACGAUUACAUCAACAACUAUUUCGUUAAGUCAAUAUACUCGACCAGCCGUCAAUACACUCCCGACAAAUACGCCUAUUCCCUCGUCAAUCUUUACGCCACACAUCUUAAGAGUCUAUAUGACCUCGGAGGAAGGAAGUUUGUGCUGUUCGGGAUAUCGAGAAUCGGGUGUAUCCCUCGGGUGGUCGAAACCCUUGGCGGCGGAAAAGGCUGUGCCGAGGAAGUGAAUGUGGCCGCCGUUCUUUUCAACAAGCAGCUCAAAGCACUUGUCGCCAGGUUCAACAAGUAUCUCCCCGGAGCUAAAUUCACCUUCGUCGAUAUGCAGAGUGGAGAUGUCUCCAAAUUAGGGUUCACGGUUGUUAACAAGAGCUGUUGCACGGUCGAACCGGGUCAAGAACUUUGUGCGGCGAACCGUCCGGUUUGCCCAGACCGGACCAAGUACGUCUUCUGGGAUAAGGUCCACGGCACAGAGGCCGUUAACGACAUCGUGGCCAAGGGUCUGUUCAUGGGAGUCACCACGUCUCCCUACACCAUCGACCAACUUAUUAAAUAACGUCAUAUUUCUCCAACGAUUUCAAUAAAGAUUUAAACAAUAUAUAUAUAUAUAUAUAUAUAUAU